AUGUCCGACAAGCAUGGACAAAAGGGCCAACAGCCCGAUGGAGUCCCCUUCGAACCAGCCCUGGAGAAGUCACUGCCAGCGCACAAAGAGCACCUCUUUGACGUUGACGACGUCGCCGUCGAUUAUUCCGGAGCUCAUGCAAAGCAGGACCCAGAAGAGAUCAAACUGGUAAAACGGCUUGAUUGGUUCAUUAUGCCUACAUUGUGGCUGAUGUAUGUGUUCAACUACCUGGACCGGAACGCAAUUGCACUGGCACGGCUAGAUGACCUCGAAGACGAACUUGGUCUCACCUCUACCCAGUAUCAAACAUGUGUUAUGAUCUUGUUCGUCGGAUAUCUACUAGGGCAGAUUCCUAGCAACAUGCUCAUGACUCGAGUCAGGCCAUCGUGGUAUAUGGCUAGUUGUAUGGCUUUAUGGGCGGUCGUUAGUGCCUUAACUGCUGUGGCCCAGAAUUUCACCGGUCUCCUCCUGGCAAGAUUCUUCCUCGGCAUCACCGAAGCACCUUUCUAUCCUGGCGCGCUAUAUGUCCUGUCGCUAUUUUACACCCGCAAGGAGAUUGCUACACGAAUGUCGAUCCUAUACACAGGAGCUCUGGCAGCGACAGCGGUUGCAGGCCUGAUUGCAAUUGGAAUCUUUGAGAUGAGCGGCAUUGGUGGCAUCACGGGCUGGAGAUGGCUCUUCAUCAUUCAAGGUGUCUUGACCUUUGUCGUUGCAGUUGCGGCAGGCUUCAUCCUCCCAGAUGAACCUCUGAAAACCAAAUGGUUAUCACCAACACAACGACAGCUGGCGCAUGACCGGAUUCACAAUGACACUGUGGAGGUUCGGGAGCAUAGUACUGCGUUCACAGGUCUCUUGGAAGCAGCCAAGGACCUUCGACUAUGGGUUUUUGUUCUUAUGCAACACAUGCAUAUCGCCGCUGGGGCGUACAAGAACUUCUUCCCUACUGUCAUCGAAACCCUUGGGUAUAAUCGAACUGCGACUUUAGCCCUGACAUGCCCUCCCUACUUUGUUGCUGGGCUAACCUCGAUUUUGUGGGCGUUGAAUUCUGGCCGUAUGAAUGAACGAACAUGGCAUAUUACGAUUGCGAAGAGCGUAGCAAUAAUCGGAUUCAUCACUGCCUGCGCUACUCUCAAUACUGGAGCUCGAUACUUUGCCAUGUGCUUGUUCUCGGUUGGAGUCUAUGCCUGCCACAGCAUCAUCUUAGGCUGGGUGGCCGCUACUUGUGGACAGACUAAAGAGAAAAAGGCUGUUUCACUGGCAAUUGUGAACACAUUCGCAACAUUGUCUCAAAUCUGGACUGCGUACCUUUGGCCAAAGACCGACGCACCAAGAUAUACAAUGGCAAUGUCGGCCAGUGCAGCAGUCUCGUUCGGAGCAUUGGCACUGGCCUGGCUGAUGAAGUUUAUGCUGGUUCGGGCAAAUCGAAAAAUAAAACAGAGCAACAAUGAGGCUACUCUGUUGUAUGCAUACUGA